CAAUUUUAAGAGAUAUUUUAUAUCGGAAAUUUUAAAGACCUUUUUUGUUGGUUUUUAAUUGGUUAUUUUAUUAUUAUUUGUAUUUAUUUUAUGGUCAAGGGAUAAGAGAAAGACAUCGUGGUUACGAGAACAGCAGGUUACCACUAUGUAUAGUAUUUUGAUUGGCUGUUUUGUGACAGCUCUUCUAGCUAAUGCACAGGAUUAUCAAUAUACAACUAAUACAGGAAAAUAUCCUCAGCAAGAACAAGAUAUGCAGCAACCUGAAAAUGAACAUCCACACCAUAUCUUAGCUGAUCCGAAUAUCGUUAACUCCUACACGAAGUCUUACAAAGAAACCUUCGGAGAGCUAAACCUUGGUCAUAAUUAUUUCGAGGGCGAUAUCAUUCUCACUCAUCAACAGAGUGAUUUCAUCGCCAGAAGUCUUGCCGAUGACAAUACUUUACAAGCCAGAGCCCUCGUUAAGGAUGUACGUAAACUAUGGGACAACCGAGAAGUGCCCUAUGUUAUUGGUGACGGCCUAAGGGAUGAAUCGAAGGAGUUCGUCAAAUCAGCUGUAAAAGAGUGGAAGGAUAAGACCUGCAUGAAGAUAAGACCGAAAAAAGACUCCGACACUGACUUCAUUGAGUUUGUCUACGAUGGAGGCUGUUCAUCGUAUGUUGGUAAAAUUGGUGGCAGACAGACGAUAUCAGUGGGAGCCGACGACGGAUCAAUCACUUGCAAACAUGGCAACAUCGUGCAUGAACUUGCGCAUGCAAUGGGAUAUUUUCACGAGCACAGCAGACCUGACAGAGAUGAUUAUAUCAAAGUCAUAUGGAACAACGUUAUGGAUGGUUACGAGAAGAAUUUUCGCAAGGAGACCGUUUCAACAGUGGAUUCUCGGGGCGUUCCAUACGAUUACGACUCAGUCAUGCACUAUGGGGCGUUUUUCUUUUCUAAUAGUGAGGGAGACAAGACCAUUGAAACAAAGAAAGAAGGCACAUCGAUUGGUCAACGUGUUGGGCUCAGUGACCUGGACGUAAAACAGGCUAGACUACUCUAUAAUUGUGAUGGUGACUUCGAUGAACCUCGCUCAAACACUCAGUACUACGACACAAUGAAGAGAACACAUGUCAAGAAAGACAAAGAGGAACAAAACCUCUCCAGCAAGAAAUUCUCCACAAACAAGAAACAUACUCACCAAGCUCAUCUGAAGAACGCUGUAAAGCAAUACGUUCAAAAGAUGAACAGCAAAAACAAGAAGGUUUUUACCAGCAGAACAAAAACUACUGGUGUGAAGAAAAACAGCAUGGAAGGAUUUCCUGAGAAUACGAGACUGCUAAAUACCCAGCAAGCAUUGCAGCCUCAAGAUACCCAGCAAGCACUGCAAUCCCAAAAUACCCAACAGGCAUUGCAACCCGUCGAUACCCAGCAACCAACGGGACCUGAAAGUACGCAACAAACAACAGUUCCUGUAGUUACCAAUCAUGCAUUGCAGCCGUUAAAUACCCAGCAGGCUAUGGGAUCGGCAAAUGCACAGCAAGGUGGCGCAAGUACUAAAGAGGGCGGAAAUCCAGAAAUAGUAGUUACAGAUGAUGAWCUAGCUGAGGAAAAUUUAGGGAUGGGCUACUUUGAGGGCGACAUGAUUUUGACAGAUUAUCAAAGACAGUACUUGGAAGGUCUAAAGGAUGAUAGUAACCAAGCAGCCAAACGAGCACUCAUCAAGAACACUACCUUCUUAUGGCCUGAACGAACUGUCUAUUACACGUUUGAUGAUAGUGUUGAUGAAAUCGGGAGAAAAAAUGCUGAAAGUGCUAUAAAACACUGGCAAGACAAGACGUGUUUGCAAUUCAAGAAGAGAACAAACGAGAAGGAUUACAUCAAUUUUGUUUUCGAAGGAGGCUGCGCGUCACGUGUUGGUCGAGGCGGAGGGAUGCAAAAGCUGACAAUCGGAUCAACAGAGUUAAGGUGUAAAAAAGGGAACAUCAUUCAUGAAGUUGGGCACGCCCUAGGAUUCUUCCACGAGCAUAGUAGACCUGAUAGAGAUGAAUACGUUGAGGUCAUUGUAAAGAACAUUAUGCCAGGAUACGAAAGAAAUUUUCUUAAGUUUUCAACCAAAUUCAUCGACUCUAGGAACGUGCCUUACGACUAUGGAUCCAUCAUGCAGUACGGUCGUAAUUUCUUUUCCAAGUUGUCGUUACUUUUGCCCACCAUGCAUACAAAGAAGAAAACUGCUGAUGACAAGGACGUAGAAAUAGGCCAAAGAAUUGCGCUCAGUGACAUGGAUAUCCUGCAGACUAACCUACUCUAUCAGUGUGAUGGACGUAAGCGUCUUACAGAUGACCAGCGGGAAGAGCUUGAACAAGAAUAUUCAGAUCCCAUGACAGGGCCGUGUGGAGAUGCUUAUGACUCAAACUCCUGCUUAGCCGUAAAGUCGUUCGGAUAUUGCCAAAAGUACCCACGUACCUUAAGACGUGCCUGCGGUCAAACCUGUCAGCUGUGUAGCACGCUACCAUACCAGGGUAGAAAGAACAUUAUAUCUAGACUGAGGCUAGACGAGCUUAGCAAAAGGAAGACCAAUAAUAAGAAGAGGAAUAAAAUGCAUGGCGGAAAGCAUUAGACAGACAUGAAUGAUGCUGUGUAUCGCUCAAAUUCAACCACGUUACCUUAGUAUUACACAAAAACAAAUCAAAAGCAUUAUUCUGCACAUGGCGCUUACUAUAUUAUUCCUUAUUACUCUACAGUCCAAAAAUAAUGCCUCUGGUAUAUUCACUCCGAUAAUAAUGCACCCAUAGUCAUCUAUGGAAACAUAUUUCAAACUUAAAAUUCGAAUUCGUAUGCAUUCUUGACACGUUUGUGACGUCAUCGUCGCCAUGUUGAAUGAUUUUUACAAAAGGUAUCCUCCAACAUGGUGGGCAUGUUUUCACACAUUCUCUUGAGAUAAGUUGCAUCUCGUAAAUUUGUUUAAAUCACUAACUGAUAAAGUGUCAUUCGCCAUGUUGGAUGAUUUUUCACAAAAGAUGUCCUCCAACAUGGUGGCCAUGUCAUCGUUCAUUCUCUUCUGAUAACACAGACUUGCCUAAUUUUGGGCAAGAAAACAAGUAUAAUUCUCACUUUCUUCUCGAAAGAUAGUGUCGUUAGAACGUUAUGCUGGCAUAACAAGCAAAAAUUUUCAAUGCUUUUMAGCCUGUUUCCGGUUCCGUCAACUCCAAACUUCUGUUUUAACUUCCGGUAAAUAGAACAGGGAACCCACACUAAAUAAUUUUGGUUUGAAGGGUUUCAUUACUCUUUCAAUUUUUAUCAGAUAUUUGACAUUUUAUAUCUUAGUAGCAGUAUUACUGACCUGAUAUCAUACUAGUACAAUAUUGAGCUUUACUGUGUAUAUGUUCUAUAAAAACUUUGUCAUGUACUGUACCCUGUAUGUUGUUUACUAUAAUUUGUUUGUAGGAUUUAUUUGCUUAUUGAAUCGAACAGAUCUGAAACUAAAAUUUGUGCCUUCA